AUGGAAUUCACUCGCAAAGUGUCUAACAAUCUUGUCCCUCUCACCAUCAUUAAGGGCGCCGGUCAGGAGUUCAUUCCCCUUCCCCAGGGCGAGAACGCAACCACAGCCGAUUUCCACUCUAUUCGCACUAAGACGACUGAUUCGCCCACACACUUCACCUCUGGAUUCUACAAGAUCGAGGCUGGACCUCAAAGACCCGCUCACUACAACUUCGAGGAGACCAAGUAUGUUCUGAAUGGUCAGAUCGAUAUCUUGGAUGAGGCUACUGGUGUCACUCAUCACCUAGUCCCUGGAGACUUUGCUUUCUUCCACGUCGGUUCCAAGGUGAAGUUCUCGACAAAGUCCUCAGGUCUUGCUUUCUACGCCGUUACUCGGCCCAUUCGCAACCCUCACCCUAACCUCGAAGGCCGUGAAGAGAAGAAGGCCCGUCUUUAG